GAAAAUCAAAUGGACCCUUUUAUUCCGCAGGGUGCGUGACGCCCACACAAAUCACGCGUGUUGCUUAAGGAAGCGGAAGCAUACACCAUGUACAAGACUAACAUUUUGGCGUAGACUCUGCUGCGGCACAACCAAACCUCUUUAUCAACCCAACCGGUGUGCAGGAGGAACAGGCGUGUUCCUAGAGGAGUUGGGUAGUCUUGGACUUGUCGCAGGUCACUGGCAGCAGAGAACUGGAAGGAAAGGCGGCCAAAGGAGGUGUUGGCUUUGGAGAUGACCAGUGAGAUAUACGAGGCGACUGUAGUGACUGCUGGACGCCUGUGGUGACUAGCAUUAUGGGAUGUGGCACCUCCGUCACCACCGACAACAAGGGGAGGAGACUGACGACAGACCAGAUGGCCAAGAAAACUCCCAGCCCUGCACUGGCUAUGAAGGCAGCCAUCCUGAUCCAGCGCUGGUACAGACGUUACAUCGCCAGGUUAGAGAUGAGACAGCGAUGCACCUGGAACAUCUUCCAGUCUAUAGAGUAUGCUGGGGAGCAGGACCAGCUACAGCUCUCCAGUUUCUUCAGUUUCAUGCUGGACAACUUCACUCAACUCAACGGGAAUGGCCCAGAUCUGAUCUCCCACCUGCUGGACCCAGUGGUUGACCCGUGGUCAGACAGAGAGAGACAGAACAUGUAUGAACAGAUCACUGUUCCUGAGUCCUACAGCGGUCCUCACCUCACCUUCCCCCUCACCGUCUCUCACACCAACGCCCUGCUCUCUGCAUUCAAAGAACAACAGCCUCUCCACGGCAGAUACAUGCUGCAGUUGUUACACCAGACUAAGAAGCUCCUGAAACAGAUGCCAAACGUCAUUCACCUGUCCACACCCUACGCCAAGGAGAUCACAAUAUGUGGAGAUUUACAUGGCCGCCUAGAUGACUUGCUGCUCAUAUUCUACAAGAACGGCCUCCCCUCGGCAGAGACUCCGUAUGUGUUCAACGGAGACUUCGUGGACCGAGGGAAGAAGUCUGUGGAGAUCAUCAUCCUGCUGUUUGCCUACCAGCUCCUCUACCCAGACCACAUGACCCUGAACCGAGGCAACCACGAGGACCACCUCAUGAACCUCCGAUAUGGAUUCACUAAAGAAGUUAUGCAGAAGUACAAGACACAUGGCAGGGACAUCCUACUGCUGGUCCAGGAUGUGUUCAGCCUCCUCCCCAUAGCAACAGUCAUCGAUAACAAGGUGCUCAUCGUCCAUGGAGGAAUAUCUGACAUGACGGACCUGGAUUUCCUCAGCUCUAUAGAGAGACACAAGGUGAAAUCUGCCCUGAGGCUUCCUAGGAGGACUCUGAACCAUCUGGAGGUGACUAGGAGCAGUAGUCAGGGCCAGCCAGAGAGCCCCCGGUGUCGGAGCAGGGGCCAGCCAGAGAGCCCCCGGUGUCGGAGCAGGGGCCAGCCAGAGAGCCCCAGGUGUAGGAGCAGGGGCCAGCCAGAGAGCCCCAGGUGUAGGAGCAGGGGCCAGCCAGAGAGCCCCAGGUGUAGGAGCAGGGGCCAGCCAGAGAGGCCCAGGUGUAGGGGCAGGGGCCAGCCAGAGAGCCCCAGGUGUAGGAGCAGGGGUCAGGACCAUGGCAACACCCCCAAGAAGAGACGUCACCUCACCAGACAGGGCAGCUCCUCCUCUUCCUCCUCAUCCUCACUGUGCUCCCCCCGGGGGUCGUCCCGCCUCACUCUGUGCCGCUGGCUUUCUCCCAGCAUGCUGAGCCCCACCGACAACCUCCAGGUGCCCUUCCUGGACUCCUUCACCGCCCUCCCCGUCCGUCAGCCACCCAGGGAGGAGUUGGAGUGGAAACAGGUAGUAGAUUUGCUGUGGAGCGACCCGAAGAGCCAGCCAGGCUGCAGCCCCAACACCUUCAGGGGAGGAGGCAGUUACUUCGGGCCAGACGUGACCAGACGCCUGCUGGAGAGACACGGCAUGACUCUGCUGAUCAGAUCACAUGAGUGUAAACAGGAGGGCUACGAACUCUGCCACGACGGACAGGUGAUCACCAUUUUCUCUGCGUCUAACUACUAUGAGGAGGGUAGUAACCGUGGAGCCUACAUUAAACUGGGCAGAGAGCUGGUCCCUCGCUUCUUCCAGUACCAGGUCAGCAGGAAUACCAGGAAACUCACCCUGACUCAGAGGGUGAAUGUGUCAGAGGGUUCGGCUGUAAGGGCUGUACAGGAGAAGCUGUUUUCCCACCGCUCAGAACUCAUGGCUGCCUUUCAGCAGUAUGACACAAGUAACAGUGGCUGUAUCUCUGUCAGUGAGUGGGCCCUGGUGUUGGAGUCAGUUGUGAGACUGGACCUGCCCUGGAGGACUCUGCGCCCGCGCCUGGCACGGCUGGCACCAGAUGGCAGCAUCGACUACCAGUCCUGCUUCGAGGACAUGGGCCCGGGACAACCCAUACCCCAGGUCACUCCAAACUUAGCUGAAACUCUUUACAGAUAUCGAACAGACCUUGAGAUUAUCUUCAACAUCAUGGACAAAGACCAAUCUGGUCAGAUAUCCAUCGAGGAGUUCCGUCAGACCUGGCAUCUGUUUAGUGCUCACCUAGGUGUGGAGGUGGAUGACCGGGCCAUAGAUGAACUGGCUAAGAGUAUAGACUUCAACAAGGAUGGUAGCAUCGACUUCAACGAGUUCCUAGAGGCCUUCAGGGUGGUGCACAAACUGGAUGUUAAGGACCAACAGCAGGGCUGAGAGAAACCUUGUUGUUGUGCUGAAGACUCACAUUAGCUACCCGGGCAAUGACUUGGCUUUAGCUCAGUGAGCCAACACUGGCAGCAGGGCUGAGAGAACUACAAAGACCAGCAGCUAGGCUGAGAGAACUACAAAGACCAGCAGCUAUGCUGAGAGAACUACAAAGACCAGCAGCUAGGCUGAGAGAACUACAAAGACCAGCAGCUAGGCUGAGAGAACUACAAAGACCAGCGGCUAGGCUGAGAGAACUACAAAGACCAGCAGCUAUGCUGAGAGAACUACAAAGACCAGUGGCUAGCUGAGAGAACUACAAAGACCAGCAGCUAUGCUGAGAGAACUACAAAGACCAGCGGCUAUGCUGAGAGAACUACAAAGACCAGCGGCUAGGCUGACAGAACUACAAAGACCAGCAGCUAUGCUGAGAGAACUACAAAGACCAGCGGCUAUGCUGAGAGAACUACAAAGACCAGUGGCUAGACUGAGAGAACUACAAAGACCAGCGGCUAUGCUGAGAGAACUACAAAGACCAGCAGCUAUGCUGAGAGAACUACAAAGACCAGUGGCUAGGCUGAGAGAACUACAAAGACCAGCAGCUAUGCUGAGAGAACUACAAAGACCAGCAGCUAUGCUGAGAGAACUACAAAGACCAGUGGCUAGGCUGAGAGAACUACAAAGACCAGCAGCUAUGCUGAGAGAACUACAAAGACCAGCUGCUAUGCUGAGAGAGAACUACAAAAAAACAGCCUCUAUGCUGAGCGAGAACUACAAAGACCAGCAGCAGGCUUGAGGGGAGCCAUGCUCGCCUUGACUUUAGCUCUGCAGGCUUAAACAGUCUUGUGGUCAACCAUACACUCAGUGCAGUUGCAUGCGUCAGGAAUAUAUCUAGGAGAUGUGGUCACCCUUCUCCCUGUGGUGUAGAACAUGUCUCAGAGGAGAACACACUACUCUCACCAGCUAGUGAUAUGGAGGCGGACCAACACACGUGAGGUUUCUACAGACAACGCAGACAAGAGCUCCCCGCGGCAUGUCCUCGCUCUGCUCUGCAGACCAACUGCACUUUGCCCCAUCUUUUCUAGGUCUGAGACCAGACUGAGGCUGUAACUCUGAGACCAGACUGCUACAUCCUCUCUUCAAGGGUCAAAGGUCCAAUGCAGACGUUUAAAAAAAUAUCAAUCUCAAUAUUAAAGCAUUUCUGGGUAAGUACCUUACUGUGAUUGUUUUUCAUUAAAAUGGUCAAAAAUAAACUAAAAUAGCUUAUUUUAGCAAAGAGCUAUUUCUCAAGCAAGAAUUUAGCGAUGACAGUCUGGGAGUGGUCUGGAAAACUGAAAAUAAUCUGUUAUUGGCAGAGAGGUUUCGACGUCUUUCUUAUUGGUCUAUUAACUCAUUUACUUCCUGGUGAUGUCACCAGGCAGGUCAAAACCAUCCCACCAGAACAGGCUGAUAUGUAUUUUUAAACACCUCUUACACUUGAAAGGUCAUCAUCGUAAUUUUCUAAAUUUGACAGUAUUAUUCCAACCUCAUAUAAAAGGCAGCAUGUAAAGUGUUGGUCCCAUGUUUCAUGAAGCUGAAAUAAACAAUCCCACAAAUGUUCCAAGCUUAUUCCUCUCAAAUUUUAUGCACAAAUUUUGUUUACACAUUUGUUUAUAUCCCUGUUAGUGAGCAUUUCUCCUUUGCCAAGAUAAUCCAUCCACCUGACA